UGGAUUAGUGACCAAUUGGAGUUGGCACCUGAUAUAGACUCUGUUAAUUUGUAUCGUGAAAAACAUAUUCUGCUUCAUGGAUACAUGUGGCCUUUUGUUGCACUAUAUUCUAUCUGGUUUGGCUACUGGUUCGGCACCCUGGGGGCUUCCGAAUAUCUCGAGUUGGGGCUGAUUGGUGUCGCGGUGAUUGGAGUUAUUCAGAUAUUGACAGCUCUAUUCUGCUUUUGGUUUGUGCCUGUUCGGUGCUUGCUAAUGUUCAGAAAGGUAAACAAGUGGUUCCACCACCAAAUACUGGAUAUACUACCUAUUGCAACUCAGGAAAUGUCGCACUAUUUCUUUUUCCAACGGCUGAAGUACACAUUUGAUUCCGACGACAAAGACAGCAUUCACGCCGUUAAAUUUCCCCUAAGUUGGUCGCUAAAUCAAUACAAGGAUUGGCGCGGCUACGGGUCAGAAGAAAGUGUUAAUAUCGCCAAGGAGACGUAUGGUGACAACCAUCUACGCCUCUCUGUUCCGCCAUUUUUGGAGUUGUUUUUGGAGCGUGCUACGGCUCCGUUCUUUGUGUUCCAAGUAUUUAGCGUAUUUUUGUGGUGCCUCGACGAGUAUUGGCUGUACCCGAUCAUGACUCUCGCUCUGCUAGUUUUAUUUGAAAGUGGCUUGGUCGUACAACAACUGAAAAACCUUAAAGAAAUACGUUCCAUGAGUGCGCAACCGUAUAGACUUUACGUUUAUAGGAACAAAAAGUGGUGCUCCAUAUCUAGCGAGGAAAUAGUCGCCUGUGAUAUUGUUUCCGUUACUCAGUCUGUUCACGAGAAACUCAUUCCGUGUGAUUUGCUUCUUUUGCGUGGCACUUGUAUCGUCGACGAAUCUAUGCUCACUGGUGAAUCUAUUCCUGUUACCAAGGAACCCAUUGAGGCGCUGACGUCGAUGAAACCGAUCAGCUUUGACGAGGACGACAAAAUGCACGUGCUUUUCGGCGGCACAAAAAUUGUACAGAUGACGCCACCUGCAAAGUACACCAAUCUACCGAAGGGUAUGCGUGUUGCCUCUCCCGACAACGGCUGUCCGUGUUUUGUGUUGCGUACGGGUCUGAGCACGUGUCAGGGUCGCCUCCUCAAGACCAUCAUGUUUAGCGUCAAGGCCGUCACCGCUAACAACCUGGAGACCCUCGCGUUCAUUGGCUUCCUCCUUGUAUUUGCCAUCACCGCGUCUGCCUACGUGUGGAUUGUGGGCACUUCCGAUCCUCGCAGAAAUCGAUACAAACUCUUCCUGGAGUGUACCCUCAUUAUCACCUCGGUUAUUCCCCAGGAACUGCCAAUUGAGCUCUCUUUGGCUGUCAACACCUCGCUGGCGUCUCUGUCGAAAAUGCUGAUUUACUGCACGGAACCGUUCAGGAUACCCCUAGCUGGUCGUGUGGACAUUUGCUGCUUCGACAAGACCGGCACUCUCACAGAGGACGAGGUGGUUGUGGAGGGUGUCACCGGGCUCAACGGAGAACUAGCCGAGAAGAUAGUGUCGGUGCGCAAGUGUCCUCUCGCCACGGUCCAGGUUCUCGCGUCCGCCCACGCGCUAGUCCACUCCGACUCGGGUCUUCUCGGUGAUCCGCUCGAGAAGGCGAUGCUCAAGGCCGUUGGAUGGAGUCUGAACAGCGAGGGUGUCGUUUACGGCAAAACCAGCCCAAGGUUCCGCUUCACGAGUAGCCUGCGACGCAUGUCGACGGUUGUGGGGUACCAGGGCACGACUGACGUGGACGUCACCUACAUGGCUUGCGUGAAAGGCUCUCCCGAAGUGCUCAAGUCGAUGUUCGUCGACGCACCGAUGGACUACGACGACGCCUACCUCCAGAUGGCCAGACGAGGCGCACGUGUCCUCGCCCUCGGCCAAAAGACUCUUGGCCGCCUGAGUCAUCAGGAGGUGCGUGAACUGAAGCGCGAGGCUGUGGAGUGCAAUCUCAACUUUGCCGGGUUCGUGGUCAUCUCCUGCCCCCUUAAACCGGACUCCCACAGCGUCAUCCAAAUGCUCAAGUCAUCCUCUCACCACAUCACCAUGGUUACCGGGGAUAAUCCACUCACAGCCUGCCACGUCAGCAACCUUCUUGGAAUUACGCGCAAGGACACCCCAAUUCUCCUUCUCGAUUCAACAUGCGAUUGGCUUUUUCUCGUAAUCCUCACUUUUCACUGGUUUCUCCCUAACCCCGUGGAGACGGAUCGGCUGGCGAAGUCGCACGAAUUCUGCCUCACCGGCGACGGCAUUGAGGCGUUGCGUCGCGACGCCUCCAGCCAGCGCGCUCUCAUGUGCAUUCUGCCCAAGACCAAGGUGUUGUCGCGCGUCGCUCCCAACCAGAAGGAGUUCAUCCUGGCGAGCCUGCGUCAGCUCGGCUACACCACGCUCAUGUGUGGCGACGGCACCAACGACGUCGGUGCGCUCAAACAGGCCCAUGUCGGUGAGUUCUUUUCGCCCUCUUGUGGCGAUUCGUUCACCUCUCAUUCUCUGACCGCGUCCUCCCUCUCUUCUUCUUCCCUUCUAGGUGUUGCUCUCUUGAACCAGGCCCCCACGACUCUGGUUUCGGCGAAAAACGGUCCGAAGGCCCCACCACCGAACCCGCUUCUCGGUCGUCACAGCCAACAGCUCACCGCCAAGGCGCUGCAAGAUCUGGCCGCGGAAGACGAGGUGCCGAUUGUGCGUCUGGGCGACGCCAGCAUUGCUGCGCCCUUCACAGCCAAAAUGUCCUCGGCUAUUGGAGUGUGUCAUAUCAUUCGCCAGGGUCGGUGCACCCUCGUCACGACGCUGCAGAUGUUCAAGAUCCUCGCCAUCAACUGCCUCAUCUCCGCCUACAGCCUCUCCGUCCUCUUCCUCAAGGGCUUCAAGAUCUCCGACGGACAGGCCACAAUUCAGGCCCUCCUCAUGACUGGCUGCUUUCUCUUCAUCUCGCGGUCCAAGCCCCUAGACAAGUUGUCGCAGAAGCGGCCUCUGCCGAACGUCUUCAACCUCUACACUCUCCUCACCGUCGGCGGACAAUUCGCCGUCCACUUUACCGCCCUCUACGGCCUCAUCACCGCCGCCGAAGCUCAGAUACCCGAAGGUGAAUUAAUCGACAUCCACGCCGAUUUCAAGCCGACCAUUCUCAACACCGCGGUCUAUCUCAUUUCCACUGCAUUACAAGUCUCCACGAUCGCGGUCAACUACGAGGGUCACCCCUUCCGUGAGUCGCUCUUCGAGAACAAACCGCUUCUCAACGGUCUGGCGUUCGCCACGGCUGGAACUGUCGCGCUCGCCUUCGGGGCCCUCUCCGACAGCCUGGAACUUGUCCUCCUGGACGAUCACGUGAGUCAUGCGACGUGGCUUUGCCUGGUAUCGGCACUGACCUGUGGCAUUUCCAGACACCCAGUUGGUGUAGUGUGUUGGCGAAGCGUCUCCAGAGGAAUCUAG